CCCAUCUCUCAGCGCCGAGCCGGAAGCGGUGGCAAAGUUCCGGGCGCUAAGAUGGCAGCGGGCGCAGGGGGUGCCGUCAGGGCAGGGCGCAGCGCGGCGUAGGGCGGGGCGUCAUGCCCAGGUACUACGAGGAGAAGGAGGAGGACUCGCGGGCCUGCGGGGGCGUGAGAGAGGACUUGCGGCAGUGCCUGCUGGAGAGCCCCUGCGUCUUGCAGGAAAACAAAAGCCCCAAACAAUGCUUGAGGGAAGGACACUGUAGGAGUUUGCAAAUGACAUUUUUUGCAUGCAAAAGAUCGAUGUUGGAUACCAGGGCAAGAUUCAGAGGAAGGAAGGGAUACUGAAGUCCUUGUGAGGAGACCCAGCUGUGGGAAAUCAGGGUUCAUCGGCACUCUAAGCAAAACAGAGACUAAAGUAAGAUGAUUGUAUGUGCUGCAUCCUUUCCUGCGGUGUUUUCAUGGAAGGUGUCUACUCCCAGCUAUACUGAGUUUGACCUGGUUAUGCAUUUAAAUGUUAAAAUAAGGCAAGCAUAAAACUGGAAGUUCUGGCCAAAAUGAUACUUGUCAUGCACUUGCAAUAAAACGUGAAAUCCAGAAUGAACUGUAGACGUUAUUCUGUUUUGAAUUGAAGUUGUCUUCUGUGAUUUUACUAAUUCUAAUCAUGUUUUACUGUUACAAAUACUACAAGAUAUGGAACUGGGUGAUCGCUUCACUGGUAUCCCUAGGGAUACCUCAGGGCAGAGCCGUUUACAGAGAUGAUGAAUUGACCAAGGUUGUGAAAUGUAUAUGCAAGCUGCUUCCUCCCCUGCAAGUUUGUUACCUGAUAAACUGGCACUGUUAGUUAGGAGUGGCAAUGUUUGCAGUGCCACAUAUACAAGGAUGGCAUCUCUUUCCUCUUGCUACAGAUUCCUUUUAAUAUGAUGGUCAAUGCACACAAUCUAGUCUUGUUGAACAACUAGAUUGAGAUUAGGUUACUCUAAAUUAAGGAUGUCUGAUUUAUCUUUCUGUCUCCUCAUUGUAUUGUUACAGGAGAACUAUAGCAUUAUUCUAGUCAAUGACCUGAAAGCUGUAUGCCAGGAUGUAGCUAAUUUUAUGUCUUUGGAUGAGGGAGGAGAGGGUUCCUCAGGCCAACAGUUAUGGAGACCAUGGCUGUUAUUACUGUGUUCUGAGACUAUUUAUAACAAUAAUUAAUUUCCUCAGAGAUGACCCUGGAUGGCCUUUCUGCAUUAUCUUACAAGCAAGUGUAUAAAUAGUAAUCCAAAUAUACAUACAAACAAGGGAUGGAUCUGGACUUUAUUGUGUUUAUAGGAAGUCAUGUUUCACAAAUUUACUUUCUGAGCAUUUUUCUUCUUCUUACUUUGUCGCUUCUCUCUGAAUUGUUCAGUUCACAUGGGUGUAAAAUGUUGAAACUGCCAUUCAUUUAUUUAAAUUGUAAGUCAUUUCUCGUAGGUACUUACUAAAAAUUCUAAAGGAAGAGCAAUAUUUUUGUGCUUAAUCAAAUGUUACAUGGUUUCAUAAGUUACAAAACAGCUGCAGUGAAAAAGCAAAGAAAUUAAUAGAGGGGAAAUAUUUUGCUUUCCUUUGGUCAGGGAUGACUGCAGCAGAUCUGUUCAGUAUGAUGGUGUUCUUGAGACAUAGGUAACAUCUGUGGGUUAGUCCCUCUUGCCUGACCCUGGCAAAGAAGCAAGGUUUAUGGGGGGUAACAAGCACUAAAUGGUGCUUAAACCGUGAUUGUGGUCAAUGCUUACUGGUUCUGUUUAAGAACUUGUUUCUGAAGUAUAUUUCUUUUUCCUUUCUUCAGCAUCUCUACCUCCUUCCCUGCAUUUUAAAGCCUUUAAGAAAUAAAAGGUAGUGCAACUCUUGCAUAUGGAAACUGGAUUAAUUUCAGAUGAGCUGAUUAGAAACAAGAUUAGGAAAUACUGCGAGGAGAGAGUCACAGUAACUUGUUUUCUUGGCUAAAGCUUAUGUUCAUGUGGCUGAUCUACAUUUAGUGAGAAGACGUGCAUGCUACACUUAAUGAUUGUAAAAUUGAUUACUUCGUUGAAUGCGUGCAUGUUAGUUACUUAAUUCCACCUGCCGUAAGCAACUACUCUG